AUGUCGGCGGAAGGGCGGUGCAAGGAGGAGAAGGAAGAGGGGGAGGACAGGAAGCCGGUGAUCAAGCCCGGCGUGCACGUGACGCUCAAGGUGCAGGACACCGACGGCCACUCCGUCUACCGCACCAUGCGGCGCACCGAUAAGCUGCAGGGCCUCAUGGACUUCUACUACGCCAGCGUGCCGGCGAUCGCGCGCGGCACGGGGCGGUUCCUGUACGACGGCGGCCGGCUGAGCGGCGAAGAGACGCCGGCCCAGCUCGAGAUGGACGACGGCGACGAGGUGGACUUCUUCACCGAGCUGAUGGGCGGCGGCGGAUGGAUCGCGGGGCAGCGCGUCAAGGAGGAGGCGGACGACGGGUUCAUCACGAUCAAGGUGCAGGACACCGACAGGUUCAAGGUCAGCUACACCAUGCGGAAGACCGACAAGCUGCAAAACCUCAUCGACUUCUACUACGCCAGGGUUCCCAGUGUUACUCGUGGCUCAGGCCGGUUCCUCGUCGACGGAACGCGGAUGCAGGGCUGGAAGACGCCGGCUGACUUCAACAUGGAGGACGGCGACGAGGUUGACGUCUUCACGGAUCUCAUAGGGGGCGGCGGCGGACCGACUACUGAAUGCUGCUGCUAG